AGAGGAUAGAAAGAAGCAGAGUGAAGGCAACCCAUUCCUACCUCUGAACCCUGAACACCAUAACUUGUUCUUCUCUGUCUCUCAAUUUUACUCUAAUCUCUCUAGAAUCUCUGUUGAAUUUCUUGUAUAAUCAUGGCUAUUACAACACCAUUAUCACAAUCGAAUCUCUGUUCAACCAACAAUACAAUCAUCAAAACACCAAGAAUGAUUCAUCAAAUUCAAUCCAAUUCAAUUUCCUUGAAUUUGAGGAACCCAAGUUUCCAAAACAAGUUAUGGGGGAAUAGGAAUUGUUGUCUUGUUCAGAGGAGAGGAGAAGGGGGUUUGAGAACAUCUGUAAUUACAGCAACUGCUGCUGCUGAGAAACAGAAGAAGAGGUAUCCUGGUGAAGGGAAAGGGUUUGUGGAAGAAAUGAGAUUUGUAGCUAUGAAAUUACAUACAAAAGAUCAAGCUAAAGAAGGUGAGAAAGAAUCUCAAGCACAGCCUCUGGGGAGAUGGGAACCUUCUAUUGAUGGGUAUAUUCAAUUUCUGGUUGAUAGCAAGUGUGUUUAUGAUACUCUUGAGAGUAUUGUUGAUAAAGCUGCUGUUCCUUCAUAUGCUGAGUUCAGAAAUACAGGAUUGGAAAGGGCAGGAGCAUUGGCUAAAGAUUUGGAGUGGUUUAAAGAGAGAGGCCAUGCUAUUCCAGAACCCUCAAAUUCUGGCCUAUCUUAUUCUCAGUACCUUGAAGACUUAUCUGUGAAGGAUCCUCAAGCCUUCCUCUGUCAUUUCUACAAUGUAUACUUUGCUCACACUGCAGGGGGUCGGAUGAUUGGUAAAAAGGUGGCUGAGAUGAUACUGGAAAAGAAGGAGCUGGAAUUCUAUAAAUGGGAUGGUGACCUUAAGCAACUGCUGCAGAAUGUGAGAGAUAAACUCAACGUAGUUGCUGAAAGCUGGUCUAGAGAAGAGAAAAAUCACUGUUUGGAGGAAACUGAAAAAUCAUUCAAGUACUCAGGGGAGCUCUUGCGAUUGAUAUUAACGUAAAGAUAUUGCAAACUAUAUCAGUUCUGUAAAUAUCUUUAAAACAACUGAACCAAGUACUUCAUCUUUUCAGCUCAAGCUACUUUAAUCACCAUUUCGUCUGCUUUUCUGUAGCCAUGUUUAUAUUUCCUGCAAUAAUAAUCUGUUCUUGUUAUUAUUGAAUGGAUAUUGGUGUAGACUUUUGAAAGAAUUUCAUUGCUUAUUUUCAUUCCUUUGUUUCUUUUUAUCAACUUUAGUUUCCUGAAUUUAUAAUGAGAAUGUUUCUUUAUGU